AUGGCCUCUAACAUAAAUCGCACACUUGAAUACAGUAAUCCAAUGAACAUUUCCCAUAAUCUCUCCACCGACGAAAAAAUUUCUUCUCCAUUGCAGAAUUUUGGCAAAGCUAAAAAGCAAAUCAACAAUAUAUUUGUUGAUUUAUUGUGUUAUGUAGCCGAAGCGUCUGAACGUAUAAAAGGUAAUUGUUAUUAAAUUUAUUGUUAGGAAUAACUUUAUGUAAUAAGUAUGUUUGUAAUGGAUUAUCGGUUAAUUGAUAUACUAUAUUAUUCUUGAUAAAAACAUACCAAUCAAAAUAAUUAAAAUUUGUAAAAACAUCUUUAGAUUAUUCAUGCAAUUGUUAAUAAAUUAUUAUUAUUCCUUUUUUUUGUACAGAUGUGAAUGAUAAAUGUCCUGAUGUUAUUAACACCAAUGAACUAAAAUCUAUAAUAGAUUAUGAGUUUAAAGUAAAAGGAAUAUCUGAAGUGCUGACUCGCGAUCACAUGAAAGUUGCGUUCUUUGGAAGGUUUGUUUUUUUACUUAAGUUUUUAUUAAAUAUGGAACUUAAAUACCUAUGUAAAUUUAAUUAAUUAAAAACAAAAUUUGUACUAUAAAUGUUUAAGAAAAUAUUGUACUCACACAUACUCUGUUAGACUAACAAUUAAAUUAGCAAAAAGUACUCUACAUUUAGGAGACAUUAUACCUGCAUCUACUGUCUCAGUCCAACUACCAGGUAACAUGCAAAAACAAUGAUUACACAGAAUAAGUAAAACUAGCUCAUUAGAUUUUAGAGUAUAAGUACCAAUUAUUAAAUUUUUAAAUAAUAAUCUAUUUAUUUAUUUGUUGUUAUAAAUGUUUAUUUUUUAUUGAUAUGCACUUGUCUAUUAUUCUAAAAUCAAAAUUAAGCUAGUUUUACUUAUUCUACUUACGCAAUGUUUUUGCAUGUUAUUUAAUAGUUGGACUGAGAUAGUAGAUGCGGGUAUAAUGUACUCUUAACAUAGGUUGCGUUGUUUAGGUUGGAAUUGGACUUGAAAUGUAAAUAGUAAAAUUUAAAGAGGAUUAUAAUUUUAAGUGCUUUACGUAAUAGCUUUAAUCAAAACAAUUGUUAUACACAAUUUAAAUAAUUACAACCAAUUUAGUUUUUUAUUUUUUUUAAAUAGUUGACUUUUGUACGACAAUUUUUUAAUUAGUUUAGUCAGUUAUACUGGGCCAGUAUUGGGUAUAGCCUUCUCUUAAGAACUAUUUACAUAGUAACAUAAACAUUUAAAUAUAUUAUUUUUAAGAUUCUUAGUAAAGAAAUGUUCAUAUUGAUUUAUACUUUUUGAUAAAAAAAAAAUGUCAUAACUAUUCAGAAUCGUUUUUCGUUUGAAAUGAUUUAUUAUUGUGUACAGUAAAAAAAAUAAAUAAUCCUAUACAAUAUUCUAAACCUUCUAACAUUCUACAUUGAAUAAUGAUUACUAUUUCCUAAAAAAAUAUUUAUAUGGUAGAUAUUUAAAAAUAAACAUACAUUGUACAUAAAUGUGUAUUGAUAUUGAACUGCUAAUAGAAAAUUUAAUUAUAAUAGUAUUAAUAACAUAAUACUUUUAGAACAAGCAAUGGAAAGAGUACAGUUGUGAAUGCUAUGCUGGGAGACAAAGUCCUCCCAAGUGGUAUAGGUCAUACAACUAAUUGUUUUUUGCAAGUUGAAGGUUCUCAAAAUGGAGAUGCAUAUUUAGUUAUUGAAGGUAGUAAUGAAAGACAGAACGUAGAAGUAAGUUGGUAUCUAGUUGUGUACUCAGAUGUAUACCUAAUAGUUUUUUUAUAAAUGGGUCAAUCCAUCUAUCAUAAGACACUCAUUGUCUCAGAAAGUAUUAACUUUUUCCGGAAUUUAUUUUCUAGAACAUUUAAGAAAAGAGCUGCUCUACAAUUUUAUAUUUAUGUUAUUUUUUUUCGCCCUUAUUUUUAGGGGUAAAACUACUACCUACUUUUGAUUUUCAAAUGGCAACCUAUAUUAAAAAUUCCAUAAAUAGAUGAAGUAUUAGUUAAAAUAAAUUUUGGUUUUGAAAUUUUUAAUUUCCGUCAAUCGGUUGGGAGAAAGUAUUGUAGUAUCAUUUGUGUGGCGAUGCGGUACACAGCGUGUUAAUAAUGCUCCGGCAUUCUAUUUUACCCCUAACUUAAAAGUGGAAUAUGAGUGUCUUAUGACAGAUUGAUCACUCUGUAUAUAGUUUCUAAUUUUUUUUUCUGUCUGUAGUCUGUCAGUCAUUUAGCACAUGCAUUAAACCACGAAAAGCAGUUGAAUGAGAAAGAAUUGGUGCAUGUCUAUUGGCCUAAGGAUAGGUGUGUCUUAUUAAGAGAUGAUGUAGUCUUAGUUGAUAGUCCUGGAGUAGAUGUCACUCCACAUUUGGAUGAUUGGAUUGAUAAUCAUUGCAUCGAUGCUGAUGUGUUUGUUUUAGUUGCAAAUGCUGAAUCAACAUUAAUGGUUACAGUAAGUUAUACGUUUAUCAAAUUAAUGGUGUUAUAAGCAAAUAUCAUAAAAUCCUUCCAGAAUUUUUUCCUAUACCUUGUAUAAUUUUUAAUAAACACAUUGGAUGAAAUUACACAUGGAUUGAUACAGUGAAUAGCCAAGUAUCAUAAUUUGAAGAAUUAUUUCAUUGUUCAACAUAAUUUUAUUUUUUUUUUAUUUUUAGGAGAAAAAUUUCUUUCAUAAAGUAUCAUCAAAAUUGUCAAAGCCAAACAUUUUUAUAUUGAAUAACCGUUGGGAUGCGUCUGCUAAUGAAUCUGAAUUUUUAGACCCGGUAAAAUGUUCUAUUAAUAUACUAGAAUAUUUACCUAACUUUUCUUUUUUGUUUGUUACCGUAAUUGCGUUCAGUUUAAUAGCCAAGAUCAGGUAAGGGAAAUCAAUAUUUUUUUUUUCCGCUUUUCUUACACUUAGACUGCAUAUUGGACACCAAUUGGUGACAUAAGAUUUGUUUAGCAGUGCUUACAACACUAUUGUGUCCAAUACACAUAUGCCAUAUAAUGUUAAAAUUGUAGUAUUCCUUGCAUGUGGUUGACUGAUAUUUGAUUCUUAAUUAUUGUCAUUAUAAGGUUAUGGAUUAAAAUGAUUAGGAUUAAAAAAUUAUGUAUGUAUUAGAGUGAAAACUAUAAGAAGAUAUACACAGUCAAUGUAUUAAUACAUUUUUGAAAUAUAAUUACUUAAUGAAUGCGUGCUUUCAGUGCCGCAACAAAGUUUGUGUUGAUUAGGAUGUAAGUCUAUUUAAUGUGGUACAUAUCAAAAAUUACUUUGAAAAUGCUAUUAACUAAAAUCAGUAACAACCAAUUAUAUUAAAUACCAUUCGGUCCACCAGCCAUGACUUAAUAGUAUCCCCUGGGUGCUUUUGCACCUCUAGUUGUUGUGGCACUCAGUUCUUUGUAUUUAUAAUAAAAACAUGUUUUCUAUAAUAAAUAGGCCCAUGUAGGUUGAUGCAAAUAAAUUAAUAAAUAAUAUUAUGGAAACAUUUAACAUACAAAUUGUGUUUUUGUUAGGUACGUAAGCAACAUACGGAGCGCGCUACAGAUUUUCUGGUGAAGGAACUGAAAGUUUGUACAGCUGAAGAGGCGUCUACUCGAAUUUUUUUUAUUUCUGCUAAAGAAGUUCUACAAGCUCGUGUACAAGAGCGUAAGGGAUUAGCAUCAAAUAGUGGUGCAUUAGCUGAAGGAUUUUCAAUAAGAUACAUGGAAUUUGAAGAGUUUGAACGCAGAUUUGAAGAAUGUAUCUCAAAGUCAGCAAUCAAGACAAAGUUUUUGAAUCAUUCACAAGAAGGGAAACAUUUAAUCAAGUUAGACACUAAUAUUAUAUAAAUAUCUUAAGAAUUUUAAUAAUUUGUAUCUAUUAUUGUCUUUUGUUACCAUGUGAAUAAUAAUAAUAAGUAUUGUGUUUUUAAAUAAAUUUUACUUUAACAAGUGUAUUAAAGAUAACAAAUUCUAGGAGAAAUUAAAAUAUUUGUAAAUAUUUUUUAAGGGACAUGUUGAAAAUUAUGGACAUAAUUUAUAAUAGAAGUCAAGAACAAAAAAAUUUAAAAUUGAAUGAAAUCGAAAAAUGUCAAGAAAAGUUAAAUUACACAGAACAAUCACUCAUUAGUAUUACUAAGGAAAUGAAAACUAAAAUUCAUCAGAUGGUUAAUGAUGUAGAGAAAAAAGCAAGUUUACUAUACAUAUUUUUUAUUUUAAUUUUAAUUGUAACUAAAUAUAAAUGUCAUAAUUUAUAUUUUGUAUUAUUUUUAGGUGUCUAAAGCACUGAGUCUUGAAAUACGCCGAUUAUCUGUUUUAGUUAAUGAAUUUAGUUUUCCAUUUCAUUCAGAUCCAUUGGUUUUAAAUGCUUAUAAAAAAGAACUUCAUAGUUAUGUGGAAUCUGGUCUUGGUAGUAAUUUGCGAGCUAGACUUUCUACUGCUUUAGCUUUGAAUAUCGACGAAAGUCAAAAAGAAAUGAUUGAAAAAAUGUCUGCAUUGUUACCAGAGGAAAAAAGAAAUAUACGUUUAAGAAACCCACAACGGGAACCAUUUGAAGUUUUUUAUCGUUUGAAUUGUGAUAAUUUAUGUAGAGAUUUCCACGAACAUCUUGAAUUCAAGUUCUCUUGGGGAUUAUCUAAAUUAUUUGGUCGUGUGAGAUCAUUUUCCACCAGUUGGUCAUAUUAUUACUCGAGAACCAUAAUGGUAAAUUAAAAAUAUUAUUUAAUAACUAAUGGGUUUAGUAAUAUUUUGGUAUUUUUGAUUUCAGUCUUCACAAUUUAACAAUCAAUCUAAUGUAUCAAUCAAUACUUUUAAUAGAUUACAUGGUGUAACCAUGGAACGCAAUUUGUCUGUGAUCUCUCGUAUUCUGUUAACUUCUUUAGGAACUCCAGGUGCUAUGGGGUUAUUUAUUUUUGCAGGUUUUGUUAGUAUUAUUAGCAUUUAAUAGGAAAUUUGAUUUAAUGUUCCAUGCCAUAUAAUAUAUAAAUUUAUACUUAUUUUUUUUCAGAUGAUAAAGACUGUUGGAUGGCGUUUGAUGGUAGUUAAUGGUGCCACAUAUGGAUGUCUUUAUCUAUAUGAGCGAAUGUCAUGGACCACAAAGGCUAAAGAAAGAGAAUUUAAAAGGCAAUAUGUCCGCCAUGCAACAAGUAAACUCCGUAUGAUUGUCGAACUUACAUCAACGAAUUGCAGUUAUCAAGUUCAGCAGAAAUUAUCUACUUUUUUGGCACAAUUGUGUGAAUUGGUUGACAUGUCGGCCACUGAUCUUAUUGAUGAAAUGAAAAGUUUAGAUGGUAAAUUAAGAAUAUUAUCCAAGUUAACUGAAGUAUCAAAAAUGCUAAGGAAUAAAGGUGCUGUGUUGAAAGCAGACUUGAAGCAAUUUGAGGAUACUUUUCUAUCCAAAUAA